UUUUACACAGUGAAACAGUUGAGAGUUGGUUUUAUAAUUUUCCCGGUGGAUUAACAUAAAAAAAAGAAAUAGUAACUUCUUCAUUGUGCUUUUUAAUUGCAUUUUUAGCUAUUUUUGUUUUAAUGGCAAAAGAAAUCUUCUAAGAAGGAGAGCGAGCAUUCCCCGUAGCAACUGCAGCGACACAGCUUUAUGUUUGAAUUAGUCAAGAAAAAUAAAACAUGUAUCAACUUGAAAAUAAUCCAGUUUUUGAUCAACUAUUUGAUUAUCGGUUAAAGAAGCGCGAUGUUUUCCGACACAGUAGAGAAAGUGCGAAAACAGUCAAGCAAAAUGAUUUAUUUGAUACCCAGACUCAACCGUGGUGGGAUUAUAUAAACGAUUUAGUAUGGAAUCGAGACGUGGAAGAAAUACAAUCUAUCGUGGAAUCAGUACUGGCCUACCCUCAAAAAAGAUAUUUCUUUCUCGGUUGUCAUCACGACCGAGAUCAAUCUAUUUUGAAAUAUCUUGUUUGUUUAAAGAAUAACUUGGAUAGAGACUUAGAGCUUGAAAGUCGGAUAGUAUAUGAAAAAUUGUCCUGUUUGAUUGAGUUAUUAUCUCCAGAAGAAAAAUGGAAGAAUCGAAAUACCACCGAACGCUGGAGACAUGACAGCGCGUGUAAUUGUGACAAGGGCGUUACCAUGGGCGGUGGGUGUAGACGACAACGACUGAUAAAAGCUUCUUUACGGCGGCUAGAAGAAUUAAAUGCAGAAAUCAGAGAGAGAAAAGAUAGACUUAAUGUGUUUGAUGGAAGACUCGACAAUUUUCAAAGACAAAAAGAAGCAUAUAAAAAGUGGCGGGAAAAAAUGCAAAGAAAAAUGUCUAAAGAGCGCAAAGAAAGAACAAAAUUUCUAUUGACGCAAAUUGACACAGAAAAUAUUUGCAAGACAAAAAGAAAAAAGCAAAGAGAAAUGGAACACCAAGAAUAUCUCAACAGAAUGAAACAAAUAACGGCUAAAAGAAAAAAAUUGAAGGAGGAAUUGUCUCUGAAGGAGGCGGCUGAAAAAGAAGAGUUGAUGAUGAGGGAAAAAGACAACAAACAACAACAAAUACAACAACAGCAAAGGCGACAACGACAUAUUAUGUUUCCUUCGAUAUUAAGAAAAACUCUAAAAACCGUUUUAACAAGCGGAGAAACAAACAAAAAACAAAAAACAAAUCAAUUGAAAUUACCAAUAUUGAGAAAAAAUGAUGUUGCCUUAUUUGAAGAAGAUGACGCGAAAACAAAGCAUAGUAAAAAGAAAGAAAAAAUACAAAAAAGUAAAUCGAAUCAUGAAAGUACUUUCUCCGAAGAAAAACAUACAUGGGAAAAUGGAAAAAAUGGAGAUUUUCAAACGGAAAAGAAACAACCGCGAUAUUUAGAGACUGACCUGGGCAAGAUAAACACAAUCCAACAAAUAAUUUUACAGCGAAAAGGAGUGGAAGAAGGAAGAACUAAAACACACAACAAACAAACUUUUACAAUCACGUAUUCAUUAGACGGAGUUGAAUGGCUGUCCUAUGACGAUAAAUACGGGGAGGCGCUGAUUUUUGAAGCUGCGCCUUUUCAAAUAUCUACACAUUCGUUAAGCGAAGAACUGGUGACUAAGUUUAUUCGUAUUUACCCUACAGGAUGUUUCGCAGGCGACGAGUUUUUAGAUUCGAUAUUGCAAGUGGAAUUCAAAGAUGUUUCAAACACAGAAGUUUCUGAAGGAAAGGAACAGAAAAAAAAGAUUGCUAAUUUUUUACAGAAGCACCAAAAGAAACACGGUCAGGUGAAGUUAAAACCAGUUGCUCAUAUUACAACGCCACCGCAAACUGAUACGUUACCGCCAAUUGACCCGCCCUUGGAGUCUGUGCCUGCUAAUGAAAUCGUGCUUGAUGAGAGAAGUGCUAUAUAUGACAAAUUAUUUCAAGACGACCUAAAAAUUCAUUUGGAUGAAGAGUUGUUAAAAUACCAAAAUCACGUAACUUCUACCUCACGUAAAAUAAUGGCGUUUAAAGGAGAAAGUGUCAUUGAAGAAGAAGAAGAAAAAGAAGAAGAUGUCGAAGAAGCAAAAGAAACAAAAGAAACAAAAUUUCGCAAAAUGGUUUUUUUAGCUAACAAAAGAAGAAAACUAAAAUUACAAUUAGAACUAAACAGAAAGAAAAAUCAAAUAAAAAUAUAUAAAAGCAAAAAAGAAGAAAUUAUAAGCAAGCGUGAAAUAACUGUCAACCAGGAAGACUUCUUUUCGAUGUACUGCAUCAUAACAGAUGAGCAACAAGAAUGGUAUACGGCUAUAUACAGAGAUCUACAAGAACAGCAAGAUGAAACAUCAAGAGAAGACUUAACUAUGGAGGAUGUGUCUGAUGCUCUUCUGAUUGUUCACAAGUCUUUAGUCUCAGACAAUGAAUUGCAAUAUAUAAAGACAGUUUUGGACAUACUAGGUGUGAAUCUUGAUGGAAAAAUCAGUUUACAAGUAUUUUCAUUGGUAGCUGCGUUUGCUGAAAAAAUCAUUUCAACUAGAGAACUAUUUCGUUAUGAUAUUGCAAAUGUGGAUUAUAAAACGCUUUCAACUUGUUUCUCCAAAGCAAAACAACUUUACACAAUUUUGCUGCGAGAAAAGGAGACAGUUAUCCAUGUGGAAGAUCUAAUGUUUGAGUUACACGCCGCUGAAAUGAACCAGAAAAUACUCAAGUAUAUAUUACAGAACCAGGAUAAAACCAAAAUAGAUUUUUUAGAUUAUAUAACCUACUUUCCUUUAUUUAUACAUACACACGAUGUUAUUGUACAAAAUCCUAUGUAAUCUUACAUGCGUUAUUAUACUGAGUUUAC